UUUCUCAUGAUCUAAUUAUUCUUUCUUUAUUUUUGUUUAAUGCAAGAUGUACUUGCCAUUGUCAUUAAUGGUAGUCCUUCAACAAAGACUGCAACUGGAAAACGAAUUCAAGAGUUUAUUGUCAUGGACAAGCUGAAAAAACCAACAAAACUGACACUUUGGGAGGAUUUCAUUGAUCAUGAGGGAGUUAAACUGUUCAACCAACUUCAUGAUUACCCGAUCAUUCUUGCUAGGAGAAUUGGGAAAUCAUCUUCAGGAACGUCGAAUAGAUUCGUUGGUUUGACAAGCAAAUUCAAUACAACAAUUGAAAUCAAUCCUCCAUAUCCACAGGCUGCCGAAUUAAGGAUGUGGUAAUAUACAUUUUUAUUU